AUGAAGGGAGUGUUCUGGACGUCGCUGGCCGCCACCGCCCUGGCCGGGCCGCAGAGCCCCGCGCGGGCCCCGCCCUCCGGACCGGAAGCGGAAGCGGAAGUGGCGCCCGCGCUCCCAAGGCCCGCGCGGGGCUCCGCCUUGUGGCUCCAUGGGCUGGCCCUCGCCUGUGCCGCCAUUGGGUCCCUGGUGCUGACGGCAGGACUAGUUUUCUCCCACUGGUCCUUGCGUUCCGUGCUGCUGCGAGCCGGGGGGCAGCGGGUGACCAUCACCACCCACGCCCCCUUCGGCCUGGGAGCCGAGUUCCCCGUGCCCCUGCGCCACGUGUCCUGCCUGGCCCACCGGGGCGAGUUGCCCGCCGUGCUUCCUCUCAAGGUUAAGGGCCGGCGCUUCUACUUCCGCCUGGACAAGGCCGGACACUUCCCCAACCUGCGGCUCUUCGACGUCACGGUGGGAGCUUACCGGAGUCUGUGA